AUGGGCCUCGGCCGGAGGAAGCCGGCCGCCCUCUGGGCCCUGGCCCUGACCCUGGCCUGUGUCCGGCACACAGGGCUGUUGGCUGAGGGGCAGAGUGCUCCCCAGAGGUGCUCCCCACUGCUCAUCCAGCACUCUGCAGCCGUGGGGGUCCCAGAUCCCUACCAGCCUGGAGGAAGUGCCCGUCCACCCUGUCUGCUCCUUCCCGUUGGGAUCCGCAGGGUCCCCGAGUCUCAGGCUGGUUGGGUCCUGAGCAUGGAGGUUCUGGAUGCAGGCCGGAGCUUGGUCACCCUUGCUGGUCUGGCCCAGCAGAACUCCAUGGAACACAACACCUUCUCACAUCUGCUUCCUGUGGUACAGAGCCCAGCUGGUGACUCGGUGCAUGGGGCGACUAUUCUCCCACCCUUGAGGACGAUCCCUGUGGUGCGAGCCUCAAACCCCGCGCACAACGGCCGGGUGUGCAGCGCGUGGGGCGACUUCCACUACAAGACCUUCGACGGCGCCGUCUUCCGCUUCCCGGGCCUGUGCAACUACGUGCUGUCCUCGCACUGCGGUGGCGCCUACGAGGACUUCAACGUGCAGCUGCGCCGCUGCUCCCGGACCAACGCCACCACGGUGUGCGGCAUCACCCUGAAGCUGGACGGCCUGGUCCUGCAGCUGGCCCAGAGAGACGUGCUGGUGGACGGCAACCCGGUGCAGCUGCCCUUCAGCCAGUCUGGGGUGACGGUCGAGCGCAACAGCAACUUCCUGAAGGUCACGGCCCGCCUGGGCCUGGUCUUCGUGUGGAACCAGGACGAUAGCCUCCUGCUGGAGCUGGACCCCAAAUAUGCCAACCAGACCUGCGGGCUCUGCGGAGACUUCAAUGGCAUCCCUGACCUCGGCGAAUUCCACUCCAACGGCGCCCCGCUGAGCCCGCUGGAGUUCGGGAACCUGCAGAAGCUGGACGGCCCCACGGAGCAGUGCCAGGACCCCGCGCCCGCCCCGGAGCCGCUGACCAACUGCUCGGCCGCCGCCGGCCUGUGCGAGGCGCUCCUGCUCGGCGGGCCGCUGGCGGGCUGCGGCGGGCUGGUGGCGGCCGACGGCUACCUGGAGGCCUGCCGCCGCGACCUGUGCGCCUGCGAGCCCCGGGGCGCCGCCCGCUGCCUCUGCGCCACGCUCGCCGAGUUCUCGCGCCAGUGCGCGCACGCCGGGGGCCGCCCGGCCGACUGGCGCCGCCCCGACCUCUGCCCCGCCGCCUGCCCGCUCGGCAUGCAGCACCGCGAGUGCGGCUCGCCCUGCGCCGACACCUGCUCCGACCCCGAGCGCGCGCAGCUCUGCGACGACCACUGCGCGGCCGGCUGCUUCUGCCCCGACGGGACCGUGCUCGACGACAUCGGCCAGACCGGCUGCAUCCCGGUGGCCCAGUGCUCCUGCGUGCACAACGGGGUGCCCUACGCCCCCGGGGCCAGCUACUCCACCGACUGCACCAACUGCACCUGCUCUGCCGGCCGGUGGAGCUGCCAGGAGCUGCCGUGCCCGGGCACCUGCGCGGUUGUGGGUGGCGCCCACUUCUCCACGUUCGACGAGAGGCAGUACACGGUGCACGGGGACUGCAGCUACGUGCUGGCCAAGCCCCUGCUGGGCAACGCCUUCUCCGUGCUGGCCGAGCUGCGCAGGUGUGGCGUGUCGGAGAGCGAGACCUGUCUGAAGAGCGUGACGCUGAGUCUGGGAGCAGGGCAGACGGUGGUGGAGAUCAAGGCCAGCGGGGAAGUGUUUGUGAACCAGAUCUACACGCAGCUGCCCGUGUCUGCAGCCAACGUCACCCUGCUCCGGCCCUCCACCUCCUUCAUCAUUGCCCACACGCAGCUGGGCCUGCAGCUGGACGUGCAGCUGGAGCCAACCAUGCAGGUGUUUGUGCGGCUGGAGCCCCAUCUGCGGGGACAGACUUCUGGCCUCUGCGGGAACUUCAACCAGAACCAGGCCGACGACUUCCGUGCGCUCAGCGGCGUGGUGGAGGGCACGGCUGCCGCCUUCGCCAACACCUGGAAGACCCAGGCCACCUGCCCCAACGUGAAGAACAGCUUCGAGGACCCCUGCUCCCUCAGCGUGGAGAACGAGAAAUACGCCCAGCGCUGGUGCUCAAGGCUGACAGAUGCCCAGGGCCCCUUUUCCCCGUGCCACGCCGUGCUGAACCCGGCCACCUACUACUCGAACUGCCUGUUCGACACAUGUAACUGUGAGAAGAGUGAGGACUGCAUGUGUGCGGCCCUGUCCUCCUACGUGCGUGCCUGCGCGGCCAAGGGCGUGCUGCUGGACGGCUGGAGGGAUGGCGCCUGCACAAAACCCAUGACCAGCUGCCCCAAGUCCAUGACCUACCAGUACCACAUCAGCACCUGCCAGCCCAGCUGUCGGGCCCGGGGCAGCAGUGAUGUCACUUGCGCCGUCAGCUUCGUGCCCGUGGACGGCUGUGCCUGCCCUGCUGACACCUUCCUGGAUGACCAGGGCAAGUGUGUGCCUGCCAGCCGCUGCCCCUGCUACCACGAGGGCACCAUGGUCCCCAGCGGGGAGUCGCUGCACGAGAACGGCGCCCUCUGCACCUGCACUCAGGGCACCCUAACCUGCAUCGGAAAACAAAGCCCCGCCCCAGUGUGUGCCCCACCCAUGGUCUACUUUGACUGCCGCAACGCAACGGCCGGGACCCCCGGGGCUGCCUGCCAGAAGAGCUGCCAUACCCUGGACAUGGACUGUUACAACUCUCAGUGUGUGUCGGGCUGUGUGUGCCCUGAUGGGCUGGUGGCUGACGGCAGAGGAGGCUGCGUGGCCGAGACGGAGUGUCCCUGUGUGCACAACGAGGCCAGUUACCAGCCCGGCCAGAGCAUCCGUGUGGGCUGCAACACCUGCACCUGUGAGAACAGGAAAUGGCAGUGCACAGACGAGCCGUGCCUGGCCACCUGCGCCAUCUACGGGGAUGGCCACUACCUCACCUUCGACGGCCAGCGUUACAGCUUUAGCGGGGACUGCGAGUACACACUGCUGCAGGACCACUGCGGCAGCGGGAACAGCAGCUCCCAGGACACCCUGCGUGUGGUCACUGAGAACGUGCCCUGCGGCACCACAGGCACCACCUGCUCCAAGGCCAUCAAGCUCUUCCUGGGGAGCUCCGAGCUCCGGCUGAGUGACGGGAAGGCCGAGGUGAUCGAGAGGGCCCCGGGCCGGGUCGCGCCCUUCUCCAUCCGCCAGAUGGGCAUCUACCUGGUGGUGGACACGCAGGCUGGCCUGGUGCUUCUGUGGGACAAGAAGACCACCCUCUUCCUCAGGCUCGAACCCAAGUUCAAGGGCCAGGUCUGCGGCCUCUGCGGGAACUUCGACGACAAGGCCUUCAAUGACUUCACCACACGGGGCCAGUCCGUGGUGGGCAACGCCCUGGAGUUCGGCAACAGCUGGAAAUUCUCCCCAUCCUGCCCGGAUGCGUCCGCCCCCAGGGACCCCUGUGCGGCCAACCCUUACCGCAAGUCGUGGGCACAGAAGCAGUGCAGCCUCAUCAACAGCGCCACCUUCGCCGCCUGCCAUGCCCACGUGGAGCCCGCCAAGUACUACGAGGCCUGUGUGAGCGACGCCUGUGCCUGCGACUCGGGCGGUGAUUGUGAGUGUUUCUGCACCGCCGUGGCCGCCUAUGCCCAGGCCUGCCAUGACAUCGGCGUGUGCGUGUCCUGGAGAACGCCUGACAUCUGCCCCCUCUUCUGCGACUACUACAACCCCGAGGGCCAGUGCGAGUGGCACUACCAGCCGUGCGGGGCGCCGUGCAUGAGGACCUGCCAAAACCCCAGCGGCCACUGCCUUCACGAUCUGCCCGGCCUUGAGGGCUGCUACCCCAAGUGCCCUCCAGAUGCCCCCAUCUUCGAUGAGGCCCAGAUGCAGUGCGUGGCCGCGUGCCCACCCCCGCCACCCGCCCCCUGCCACGUCGCUGGCCAGGUUUACCUGCCAGGAUCUCAGGUGCCCGCGCAGCAGAACUGCCAGUCCUGCACGUGCACCGAGAGUGGCGUGACGUGUGUGCACGACAGUGAAGCCUGCGUCUGUAUCUACGGCGGGCUGAGCUUCCGGCCUGGUGACUCCAUCUACAACACCACCGAUGGCACCGGCGGCUGCAUCUAUGCCAGCUGCGGGGCCAACGGCACCAUCGAGAGACGCAUCCUGGAGUGUCCUCCCACCUCCGCGCCUCCCACCACCUUCACCUUCUCCACACAUGGGGUGAGCACCACGACCGCUCCUAGCACGCACGUCUCUGUGCCCAGCACACACGUCAGCCCUGAGACCACCGCACACCACACAGCGCCCACCACACCUCCCCACCCCGUGCAUAGCACGCACCACCCGGUGACCUCCACACAGAGUCUGCCACCCCCCACACCCACAGGCUGUGGGCAGGACUGCCAGUGGUCAGAGUGGCUGGAUGUCAGCCGCCCGGGCCGGGGUCCAGACAGCGGCGACUUCGACACCCUGGACAACCUGCGUGCCCACGGACACAGCGUGUGCCGGGAGCCCCAGGAAGUGCAGUGCCGUGCCGAGGAUGCCCCGGAAGUGCCACUGGAAGCCCUGGGCCAGCGCGUGCACUGCAGUCCAGCCACGGGGCUGACCUGCCUUAACAGGGAGCAGGGCUCCGGGCUCUGCCGCAACUACCAGGUCAGGGUGCUGUGCUGUACGCCCCGGGCCUGCCCGCCGACCUCCUCCAGCACCAGCACCACGCCGAGCCCAUCCACCAGCCCCAUCAGCACCGUGACAACUUCAUCUCCUGCCACCAGCACACCCUCAUCUUCUACAACCCCCACUGGCUUUGGCCCCAUGACAAGCACAACCUCGUCUCCCACAACUCGUCCCACCUCAUCUCCCACUCCCAAAACAACCUCUUCUCCCACGACCAGCACCAUCUCAUCUCCCACUACUAGAACAACCUUGCCUCCUGCUACCAGCACAACCUCCACUCCUGUACCCAGCACAACCUCCACUCCUGUACCCAGCACUCAUGCCCCUGUUUCUACCACCUCCCACGCCACAGCCGGAACCUCAGCCUGCCAACCCCAGUGCUCCUGGACCCGCUGGCUGGAUGUGGACUUCCCGACCCCAGGGCCCAAGGGAGGAGACUUUGAGACCUACAGCCACAUCAUCAGCAGGGGCGAGAAGGUGUGUGGGCGCCGGGACUACAUCAGCAGGCUGGAGUGCAGAGCCGAGAACCACCCUGACGUCAGCAUCGCCCAGCUGGGCCAGGUGGUGCAGUGCAACCCCGACGUGGGGCUGGUGUGCAGGAACAAGGACCAGAAGGGCCCCUUCAAGAUGUGCCUCAACUAUGAAAUCCGUGUGCUGUGCUGCGAGCCCCGGGAGAACUGCUCCACCACCAGCUCCACCACCAGCAGUUCUGUCCCCACGACCCAUUCCACAUCGUCUCCCACGACCCCCACCACCUCAUCUCCCACUACCAGGACGACCUCGUCUCCCACAACCCACACCACCUCACCUCCUGCUACCAGCACAACCUCCACUCCUGUACCCAGCACUCAUGCCCCUGUUUCUACCACCUCCCACGCCACAGCUGGAACCUCAGCCUGCCAACCCCAGUGCUCCUGGACCCGCUGGCUGGAUGUGGACUUCCCGACCCCUGGGCCCAAGGGAGGAGACUUUGAGACCUACAGCCACAUCAUCAGCAGGGGUGAGAAGGUGUGUGGGCGCCGGGACUACAUCAGCAGGCUGGAGUGCAGAGCCGAGAACCACCCUGACAUCAGCAUCGCCCAGCUGGGCCAGGUGGUGCAGUGCAACCCCGACGUGGGGCUGGUGUGCAGGAACAAGGACCAGAAGGGCCCCUUCAAGAUGUGCCUCAACUAUGAAAUCCGUGUGCUGUGCUGCGAGCCCCGAGAGAACUGCUCCACCACCAGCAGUACUGUCCCCACGACCCAUUCCACAUCGUCUCCCAUGACCCCCACCACCUCAUCUCCCACUACCAGGAUGACCUCGUCUUCCACAACGCACACCACCUCACCCUGCUACUGCAGCGUGUCUGACAAGCUCUACCCAGCUGGCUCCAUCAUCUACCAGGAGACUGACCUGUCCGGCCACUGCUACUAUGGCGUGUGCAGCCUGGACUGUCACGUGGUCAGGGGCAGUGACCAGUCCUGCCAGAACAGCACCAGUCCUCCUCCGACCCCAAAUUCCUCCAGGACUAGGCACGUGGACUGCCCCAAUGCCGUGCCACCCCGGAAGAAAGGGGAGACCUGGGCCAUGGCCAACUGCUCCCAGGCCACCUGCGAGGGGAACCACGUCAUCUCCCUGAAUCCACGGACCUGCCCACCGGUUUCUGUGCCCACCUGUGCCAAUGGAUACCCCGCGGUGCCCGUGCCCGACCAGGACGGCUGCUGCCAUCAGCUCCAGUGCCAAUGCGUGUGUAGCGGCUGGGGCGACCCACAUUACAUCACCUUCGAUGGGACCUACUACACGUUCCUGGACAACUGCACAUACGUGCUGGUGCAGCAGGUGGUGCCCGUUUAUGGCCACUUCCGCGUCCUCGUUGACAACUACUUCUGCGAUGCCAGGGACGGCCUGUCCUGCCCACGGGCCAUCACCGUGGAGUACCGCACGGCCCGCGUCACCCUCACCCGCCAGCCCGUUCGGGGCCUGAUGACCAACCAGAUCCUCUUCAAUGGCGAGCUGGUGAGCCCCGGCUUCCAGAAGGCUGGCCUGGACGUCUCGCAGGUGGGCGUGAAGAUGUUCGUACAGAUCCCGGAGCUGGGUGUGCGGGUGAUGUUUUCGGGCCUCAUCUUCUCUGUGGAGGUUCCUCUCGACAAGUUCGCCAACAACACAGAGGGCCAGUGCGGCACCUGCACCAAUGACCAGAAGGAUGACUGUCGCCUGCCCGGAGGCACGACCGUCACUUCCUGCUCUGACAUGUCCCGCUACUGGAAGGUCACCACCGCUGAGCAGCCAUCCUGCCAGGGGCCACCCCCGGAACCCUGGGUGCGGCCCUCACUGCCGCCUGUCUCCUGCCCACCGUCGCCCAUCUGCGAGCUGAUUCUGAGCGAGGUGUUCGAGGCCUGCCACGCGGUGAUCCCCCCACAGCCCUACUACCAAGGCUGCGUGUUUGACCAGUGCUAUGCAGGCAACGCCGACGUGGUGUGCUCCAGCCUGGAGCUCUACGCCUCUCUCUGCACCUCCCACUCCGUGUGCAUCGACUGGCGGGGCCGCACCAACCACACAUGCCCCUUCACCUGCCCGGACAACAAAGAAUACCGGCCCUGCGGCCCAGCCAACCCCACUUACUGCUACGGCAAUGCCAGUCUCCAACCCUCCUCCACACCACACAGGGCCUUUCCAGAAGGUUCAAUAUCUGAAGGCUGCUUCUGCCCAGAGGGAAGCACCCUCUUCAGCACCAGCAUGGAGAUCUGUGUGUCCACGGAGUGUGUGGGAUGCCUGGGGCCCCAUGGUGAGCCCGUGGAGCCUGGCCAGACGGUGGUCACUGACUGCCAGGAAUGCACCUGUGACGCCACCAGCCGGACCCUGACCUGCCGCCCCCAGACCUGCCCGCUGCCCCCUGCCUGCCCUGCACCCGGCCUCGUGCCUGUCCCCAUGGUCGCCCAGGCUGGCCAGUGCUGUCCCACCUACAGCUGCAGCUGCAACGCCAGCUACUGCCCGGGGCCCCUGGACUGUCCCCAAGGCUUCCACCUGGAGCUGAGCCAUCCAGAAGACGCCUGCUGCCCCUCCCAGACCUGUGUCCUCACGCCUGGCUGCAGCGUCAAUGGCACUUUGUACCAGCCCGGUGCCGUGAUCUCCCGGAGCCCGUGCGAGACCUGUAAGUGCGAAGCCCACCGGGACGGCCCCACCGACACCUUUGUGCUCAACUGCGAGACCAAGAUCUGCGACUCCAACUGCUCGCUGGGCUUCGAGUACCAGCCGCGGAGCGGGCAGUGCUGCGGGGUCUGUGUCCAGGUGGCCUGCGUCCUGAGCUCCAACGGCAGCACCCGGUUGCUCUCUCCUGGGGAGACCUGGUCGGAGCCGGGCAACAACUGCGUGAGCCACACGUGCGAGGACCACCAGGACAGAUACGUGGUGGUCACUACCAGGAAGGCGUGUCCCCCUCUCAGCUGUCCCGAGGACCAGGCUCUGCGGGACAAGGACGGCUGCUGCCUCACCUGCCCCACCCAGAACCGUAAGCGGUCCACGUGUGCCGUGCGCCACAGGAGUCAGGUCAUCCGGCAGAGGGGCUGCAGCUCGGCUGGGCCCGUGCCCCUGGCCUACUGCCAUGGCAACUGCGGAGACACCUCUUCCAUGUACUCCCUGGAGGCCCUCACCCUGCAGCGCAAGUGCAGGUGCUGCCAGGAGCUGCGCGUCGCCAGGACGAACGUGACCCUGCACUGCCCCGACGGUUCCCGCAGGACCUUCAGCUACUCCCAGGUGCAGGAGUGCGGCUGCGUGGGCCUGCGCUGCCAUCGGUCCGGGGGCCAGUCCCAGGAGCUAGAGCUGGAGUGGGCCCAGGAGCCAGAGCCUCGGGAGGAGCCGGAGUCUCAGGAGGAGGCCCGGGGCUUGGACGCCGGACGCUGGCUGUCGGGCAGCGCCCAGGGAGCGGCACCUCACCAGUAG